AGUCGAUCCACGGCAGUCAACCUCGACUGUUGUCUUUUAGUAAAUCAGCUGUGCUUAAAAAUGGAUCUAUGGAUUUGGACUGUAUUGGUAACUGUCUGUGUAUGGCUAUACUACCACUUCAAAAAAACUCUUAAUUACUUUAAAGAUCGGGAUGUCCCAUACGUGCCAGGAUGGCCCAUAGUGGGAAACAUGGCUAAUCCGAUCUUACGCCGGAAACACGUGAGCGAUGCCGUGUUAGACAUGUACAACUUUCAUCCUGAAGCGAAGUAUGUCGGUGUCUUCGAUUUUGUACGACCAGUGGUGAUGUUGCGCGACAUUGACCUAAUCAAGUCAGUGACCAUAAAGAACUUCGAUAAUUUUCCGGACCACAAAUCGUUUAUAGAUGCCUCGCUGGACCCGUUGUUCGGUGGUAAUCUCUUCAACAUGGCUGGCGAGCAAUGGCGCGAAGCUAGAAAUCUGCUUAGCCCAGCUUUCACUUCCAGCAAGAUGAAGGCAAUGUACGAGCUUAUGGUGAAGUGUGGUGAGAAUUUUGUUAACCACAUCUCCGAGAGGUCGGCCAAAGAAAAUCGAAUGAUCGCGACGAAGGACCUUUUCACCAAGUAUACAAACGACGUCAUAGCCACUUGUGCAUUUGGAAUAAGUAUUGACUCGCUCAAGGAUCCAAACAAUGAGUUCUACCAUCUUGGGAAGACAGCCACUAAUCCAGAAAUUCUCACGCGCAAGUUUUUUAUAGCUAGAUCCUUUCCAAAAAUCAUGCGAAUUUUUAACAUAAAAUUCGUGAGUGAAAGUACCGGUAAUUUCUUCAAAAACAUCAUCAGCUCGACGGUUCGGAUGAGGGAUGAGAAAGGUAUGAGCAGACCAGACAUGAUACAAUUGAUGAUGGACGCUCGAGGAAAAGAGAGCACCAAGCAUCUUAAACUGGACAUCACGGAGAUGACAGCCCAAGCCUUUAUUUUCUUUUUCGGCGGUUUUGACACCACCUCGACGCAAAUGUGCAUAAUAGCCCAUGAACUAGCUAUCAAUCCAGACAUCCAGAAGAGGCUACAGAACGAAAUAGACGACGUCAUGAGAGUGUCUAAUGGAAAACCAACGUAUGAAGCGAUCAAUGGAAUGCCUUACCUCGACGCUGUUUUCAAUGAGUCCAUGAGACGCCAUACGCAAGUUGCUUUCAUCGACCGACUAUGCACUAAGUCAUUUGAAUUGCCCCCGGCCUAUCCAGGAGGUAAACCAUUUGUCCUGGAACCGGGUAUGAAUAUUUGGGUUCCUGCAACUGCUAUUCAUCUGGAUCCCAAGUACUACGAUAAUCCGCGCAAGUUCGAUCCUGAAAGGUAUUAUCAAAAAAAGGUGAGCAUCAACGAUGCAACCAAUUUGGGCUUUGGAAUCGGACCGAGAGGCUGCAUAGGAAAUCGCUUUGCAAUACUGGAAAUCAAGAUUCUGUUUUUCUUUUUGCUGUCCAAGUUCAGUUUAAAACCCAAUGAAAAAACUUCUCGGCCCUUGGUUUAUAGCAUGAAAUCGUUUGUAGUAUCUGCCGAGGGAGGAUUUUGGCUUACGAUUGAAAAGCGGAAAUAAACUUAAAACAUAAACUAAGACCUUGCUCUAUUGUUAAAUUUACGAAGAUGUACAGUUUAGUUGUGAAAUAAUGAAAUUACAAAAAUUAUGUAUGAGGUAAACAUCGUAUAAGAUAAUAAAGAAAAAUAAACACGACAAUCUUGACCUCUGA